UUCACUGUUUAGCAGCAGGGGUGCUAAAAAAGAGCAAGAGCAGGAGGCAAUCCAUGUGGAACACUGUCUGCUGCAUGUAUGCGACGCUUUCAGAAAUCGUCCUCCAUCCAUCACAUCCUCCAGUUCUGAAGGAGCCACUGGAGCCACUGAAGGAUUACGGGAAAAGGUUGCGAAGUGGCCAGUGAGUCAGUGAGAUCAUUGAUAAGGUUGGUAGGUUUCACUUAAUCCAGGAAGUCGUCAUAGACUGAGGGAGGCGGCGGGUGUAAAUCGACCCUGAGCGAUGCUGAAUUCCUUGAUAAAAGGCCACCCCUCACGCGGAGGCACAAAGAAGAGGGUACCUUCUCCUAACAUGGUAACUGCUGCGAUCACGAUGGGCUCAGUGAAAUCCGCUGGACUGUCUCUUCUUCUGCUGUCUUUUCUCCUUUACGUAGCAGAUUCUUACCCCAACACUGACUUAUCGAACAUGGGCUGUGAGGCGUGCACGCUGCGAAAGAACACUGUUUUCUCCAGGGAUCGUCCGAUUUACCAGUGCAUGGGCUGCUGCUUCUCCAGAGCGUACCCAACGCCUCUCAAGGCCAUGAAGACGAUGACGAUCCCGAAGAACAUCACCUCUGAGGCUACAUGCUGCGUUGCAAAGCACGUCUACGAGACAGAGGUGGCCGGCAUAAGGGUGAGGAACCACACAGACUGCCACUGCAGCACCUGCUACUAUCAUAAGAUAUGACAGAUGGGAACCGGAGACAAUUCUGUAGCACUUGGCUUGGCAACAGAACGUGUUUCUUUUAAUAUGCACGAGCUCUUCUCUGUUUUAAAAUGUGUGUUCUUGUGUUGCCAGAUAAUAUUUUUUUAUUGUCUGUGUCUGUGUCUCUGUAAUGUAUAAUGUGUAAUUAGCCUACAAUUUUUUUUGCAUUGAUAGAUGUAUAGGAUUAACUAUAGAUUGAAAAAGCAAUUAAAAUCUUCAUCAAGAUGUUGUGUUGCCAAGAAUGUGUCUUCCACUGGGAUUGUUGGUUAUGUGUUGUUGGGAGCAUUUAUUGUUUUUGGGUGUCGCUUAAAGUAAGUUUCUUUGGACAAACGUGUCUGCUUAAUUACAGGAUAAAUCCACCCCAAAAUGAAAAAAAUCAGUUUAUCAUCUGCUCACACCCACAUCAGUGGUUUUAAAAAGUAAAAAAAAAACAAAA